AUGUCCACCAAAAGAACGGUAAAAGAGGUGAUUAAAUUUCUCGAAAAAUACCUGCCAUGUGACUUAAGUGAUUCGCUUGUGCACCAUGGCAGCAAGGACGGGGGAUUCGUGCCUAACUUGUUCAAUCGCUCGGUAAACCCUCGGGGAGUGAGUACCAUUGGUAAGGCGUACACGGUAUUGUACGCCCCCAAGCUGGACCCUCGUCCCGCCGUGCCUCAACUGUACAUUGAUGAAGUUCCCGAAGAUGCGUUUGUGGUGUUGGCUCUUCCCCCUGAAUGCCAGCUCCUUGAGGCUCCUUUCGUCACCGUGAAUAAUGCUCUCUACGGAGGUCUUAUGAGCACCAGAGCGCAAUACCGCAAGGCUCUGGGGCUGGCAAUCUUUGGCCGGGUCAGAGACGUCGCCGAACACCAGGCAUUGGGCUACCCGGUGUGGUCGUACUCGGUGGGCACCACUGCUCCUGGCCCCGUGGUCAAGGUGGUGGGGAUCAAUGUUCCUCUUCAAAUCAGAACCGUGUCUCCUGACCCAAACGAAAAGGAAAGAAUUAUUACCAUCAACCCUGGCGAUUAUUUGAUGGCCGAUCAAGGCGGCAUGGUCCGUGUUGAAGAUAACGACCAAUUGGACCUGAUUCUCGAAUACAUCCCGAAACGCGUCGAGGCCGAUACCAAGGUUGCCGAAGACAUCAAGAACGGGCGUCCCGCGGCCGAGGCCCAAAAGUACUGGCGGUCGAAGAUCUAA